ACACGCUCACACACGCUCUCCCACUCACUCACUCUCGCACAGCUGCACUCGACCCUUUUUUUCCUUCGCUUGCUGCUCUUUCUAAAGAGAACAGCCGCGCGGCGCAGCACAACAGCACAACACACCAACGGCCAAGCGCGACAUCCAGCCAGCCAGCCAGCCAGCAAGAGCCCAGAAGAGUGUGGACUACUUUUCCCUCCGUGCCUCCGUGUGUGUGUGUGUGUGUUUGUGUGCGUUUUAUUUGGUGUGUUUCUGACUUCUGGUCUGCUUCCCGUGCUAUUUGCCAGCGCGAACGCGAACGUGAGCGGCCGUGUGUGGUGCGGUGCGUGCGUGUGUAGAGUGCUUUCCCCCGUUUAGAUGUUUGUCGUCGUCAUCUUGGACGGACCAGCCGACUCCCGAAAACCCCCGCCGCCUGGAAGAGGGUUGCUGGCAAUAGGAAAACCCACGGACCAGCGGCGCUAAAGAAGGAGAAAAAGAAGAAGAAGCGGAAGAAUAAUAUUUGCAACCGGAAAGGAAAGGAUAUAACACACACACACACGCAGACAUGUUUAAUUUUAUGAAGAAAGGAGUGGCCGGUGUCGCAGGAGGCGGCAGCGGCAGCAGCAGCAAUAACAGUGGCACAGGCAACGGAAGCGGUGGAGCGGGCGGUGGUGGUGCUGGUGGUAGUAUUGGAUCAUCCGGUGGCCUGUCCGUCAUUGGCGCACUGUCCGGGCUGGACGGUGACGAGAAGGACCGCCGGAAGAAGGAGAAAAAGGCCCGCAAGGAGGGCAAACAGUUGCUGCUCGGGGUGGGCGGCGGCAGUGGCACAUCCGGCGGGCAUGCGGGCAGCAUGAGCGCGGAGGAAUUGCUGCGGUUGGAUGAGGUGCGUCGAUCGCUCAAGAUACGCGGCAGGCGGAAAGAGAAGGAAAAGCUGCCGAGUGGCAUCACGGCGGAUUACAGUGCGUCCUUUUUCGCCCAGCUCGACGUGGACCACCGGGAGCUGGACCGGGGCACGGAGGAGGUGCUGGCCGUCGCCAACACGACCACCUACAUCGACCGCAACGGGGAGAUGGUGGAGCGCGUUUCGUUUUGCAGCACUACCACCACACUGCAACCCACCUCGCCCUCUUCUUACGGUGGUGCGGGUGAUGGUAGUGUCGGUGGUACGCAGCCGCCCCACACACCGGGCGGUACGAAAACGAACCUACCGCCCAUCCCACCACGGCCGCCGAAGCGUGGCAUACUGAAAGGUUCACGCUCGAGCCUCACGGGCACGGGUGGCGGUGGACCGGUGGACGCGGGACUGGUCGCAUCCCCCUCGUCGUCGGCCGCCAUGCUGCAGCUGCUAGCCUCACCGUCCCCGAGCGCCGACAGCCUUACCGACACGACCACCACGACCACCAACUCGUCCUUCGCGACGCCACCGUUUUCGCUCAGCCCGGUCGGCGAAUCGCAAGGCUACGAGGGACGCAUCGGGCGCGUCCAUCCGUUCGACGAGCGGGUCACGGCGAACGGGAGCGUCACACUGUCGCUACCGCCCAUAAACCUGCAAGCGCUACCGCCGCCCCGGGAGCUGGUAAUACAGCGCCAGAAGGGCCCGCGGAACGAUUUCGGCUUCAGCCUGCGCAAGGCGUUUGUGCUCGACCGUCCAUCGGCCGGGCUGUCGAUGGUGCGGCCCGCCGGUGGCCCCCCGCAGAUGAGAGCGAUUAUUUUCGCCGAACCGAGCGCAACCGGUGCGGUGCGGACGGGCCUACUGCCCGGCGAUCGGUUGCUGCGCGUCAACGGGCAGCCGGUGGAGGAGCUGAGCCGCGAAACGAUCAUCGAAAUGAUACGGAACAGUGGCGACUCGGUGCUGGUACAGGUGCAACCGAUCGCGGAGCUGAUUGAGCUGUCGCGGCGCUGUGUAAGCGCUACGCCGCACAGCGGUGCCCCGGCCGAGGACUGCAACACGCUGAAGCGCAGCGCAAGCAGGCGCUUCCAGAAGGUACAAACGGGCCCGGGGGCUGGUGUGACCGAUCCAACUGGCAGGCACGAGCUCGACCCGUCUGCCGUCGGUGGGCGCGUUUGGUUGAUCCAUCGGGGUGGCUUUACGGCGGCGUACAAGCAGCAGCUCUCCCCCUCGACCGUUGCGAUGCCUUCGCACCAUCAGGCGGGGAAGGUUUGGAUCCGGCUGGAAGCGACCGGGGAGGAGCUGCUGAUCGACGAGGACGAUCUGGAGGUGGCGAACCCGGCCACGCUCGAUCUCGUCGAGGACGUGUGCCAGCUGCCGCACCUGAACGAAUCGUCCGUGCUGCACGUGCUGCGGCAGCGGUUCGCCAACAAUCUGAUACACACGCGGGCCGGCCCAGUGCUGCUCAUUGUCAACCCGAUGGCACCGCUCGCCCUGUACUCGGAGAAGGUGGCGUCCAUGUUUCGCGGCUGCAAGGCGGAAGACGACAUGCCGCCGCACAUCUUCGCCCAGGCCCAGACGGCGUACCGCGCGAUGCUGGAGACGCGCCGCGACCAGAGCCUGAUCUUUCUCGGCCGGUCCGGGGCGGGCAAAACGACCAGCUUUAAGCACGCACUGUACUACCUGACGCUUGCCAGCCGGCCGGAGGUGCAACCGGCAGUGCAGCGAGCACUGACGGUGGAGAAGGUGAGCGCCAUUGGGACGAUACUGGACGCGUUUGGCAACGAGCGAACGGCGCUGAAUGGAAAUGCGACCAAGUUUACGCAAAUCUUUGCGCUGGACUUUGAUCACAGUGGGCAGAUCGUGUCCGGGUCGAUUCAGAUCAUGCCGAUCGAUCGUAUGCGGCCGGCGGGUGGAUCGAACCGUGGAACGGCUGGCGUACCUCGGUGGAGUUUUCUGGCCGGAGUCGAUGGAGGUGCUUUGCGGAAGGAGCUGCUGCUGGAACCGGUCGCUGGGGAUGCGUCCGCCGGGGGUAAUGGCACGGUGGAGCAGGAAUCGAUCGACUAUCAGCGGCUGUGUCAAGCGUUCCGUGUGCUCAACAUCGAUCAGGGAGCGGUGCGGGGCAUCUGGUACGUCCUCGCGGCCAUCCAUCAUCUUUCGCAGUCGGGUGCGGUCAUUGUGGCCGGUCGCGUGCAGUUUGUAAACCCGCGGGCCGCACAAAAAGCCGCCAUGCUGCUUGGCAUCCCGAUGGAGGAUCUGCUGUCCUACGUGUUUCCCGAGACGGGGUCGGGCGGUACGUCGAAAGCGAGCCUCAGCACGGCCACCGUAGCGGAGGGACUGACCGCCUUUACCGAAGCGCUGUACACGGAGCUGUUCUACACGCUCGUGGGGCUGAUUAAUAAAUCCAUCGCGGCCGUCACGCCACACCAAACGAUCGGCUCGGUGCUGCUGGUGGAUGUGCCCGGCUUUCAGAACCCGGCCAGCGUUGGCGGCGGUACGGCGGCCAGCACGCUGGCGGAUUUGCGCUUCAACUACCUGCACGAGCGGCUGCAGCUGCUGUUCCACAACGCGAUGCUGGUGCAGCCGAGGGCACGGUACGCGCAGGAGAUGGUUACGGUGGAGGAUUCGCUCGCGCUGAUGGCAACGGACAGCGCGGGACACAGCAGCCCGGCCGCGAUGGUCGCGCUGCUCGACAAGGUGCCCCAGAGCCACGAGCCGCGCAAGGGACUGCUGUGGAUGCUGGACGAAGAGCAGCUGCUGAACCCUGUCAGCAUGGCGAAGGGAGGAGAUUCCAGCGCAGUGGACGACUUUGACGACGAUACGGGUGUCGGUGGAGCAAAUGGCGCUGCGGACGAUCGUGACGCACGCUUCCUGGAACGGUUGUUUGCGGCGUACGGGGACCGGGAGACGCGCGAAACAUUGCUGCUGCGUGCGAGCGUCCCAACCGGUGCGUGCGAUGUCGUGCUGCAGCAUCUGCUCGGUACCAAUCCGGUGCUGUACUCGGUCACCAGCUGGCUGCGGGAGGCGGCCGCCCAAGCUCACUACAUGCCGCAGCGGGCGCUGAACUGUUUGCGCGACAGUGUGAAGCCGGAAAUCAAUGGUCUGUUCGUGGGGACGCUUGGCGGUGCGAUGGAUUCGCUGGCGUUCGGCGGUGGCGGCUCGUCGCAGCAGCUGCAGCAGCAAUCGCUGCGGCGUAUGAGCAGCAUCCGGCGCACGUACACCGGGACGGGCUUCCCGAAGCGCAACAGCGUGAUUGUGCAGGUGAAGUACACGGUCGACUGUCUGAUCGAUACGCUCAGGCGCACCGGGAUGCACUUUGUGUACUGCUAUCUGCCCCAGCACAACGGUGGCACGGCGAUGUCAAUGACGGGCUGCCUGUUUGACCAGCAGCAGCAGCAGCAGCACCAACUAACGCACGAAAUGAACGGUAGGCGGGCGGAGGACGACAUCAUCAACAUUCCGCUGCUACGCAGUCAGCUUCGCGGCUCGCAGAUGCUUGACUUUGCCCGGCUGUAUCGGCUCGGCUUCCCGAUCAGUGUGCCGCUCGGCGAGUUUGUCAUUCGCUUCGGGCUGCUGGCGGAGGGAGGCACGACGGGCGGAGGUGGCGCCGGCGGCGGUGCAAAUGGCGCGAACGGUGAAGCGGCCACGGUCGAUAACAUUCUCAGCAACUGCGAGGUCGAUUCGUCCGUGUAUCGAAUUGGAACGAGUCAGGUAUUCUUCCGUUCCGGUGUGCUGGGCGCGCUCGAGGCAAAGCGUGACGAUCUGCUGUCGGAUCGGGUCAUCCAGCUGCAGGCGCACUGCCGCGGGUAUCUGGCCCGGAGGCGGCUCGCCCGCCGCCGGCUGCAGGAGCUGGCCGUCAAAUGCAUCCAGCGCAACGUGCGCGCCUUCCUGAAGGUGCGCGACUGGCCCUGGUGGCGGCUGCUCGUGCGCGUCACACCACUGCUCGCCGUCCACCGGACGGAGGAGCAGCUGAAGGCGGCCACGGUCGAGCUGCAGCAGGUGCGGGCAAAGCUGGAGAAGAUCGAGUCGGAGCGGAACGAGCUGAAGGCGACCAACCACAAGCUGGAGGCACGGCUAAGCGACAUUACCUCCGAGCUGACGGAGGAACACUCGUCGUCGAACCUGAUCACCGAGCGGCUCGCCGCCGAAACGUCCGAACGGUUGCGGCUCGAGAAGGAGGUGAAGGAGUAUGAGUCGAAGUACCGCCACCUGCAGGAGUCGUCCGAAAAGAUGGAGAUGGAGCUGCUGUGCGCCAAGUCGGAGCUGAACUGCGACUUCGACGACUGCAGCACGCUCGGCGAGUACGACAGCACCGGCGACGGUGCGGAUCUGCCCCUCGGCGGGGGGCCGGUCGACGGUGCCGAGCUGGCCAAGAGCUACCGGCUGCGGUACGAGCGCGUGGCCCGCGAGCUGGAGUUUACCAAGAAGCGGCUGCAGACGCAGCACGAGCACGAUCUCGAGCAGCUGGUCGGGCUGAAGAAGCAGCUCGAGAAGAAGCUGGCCGACGCGUACGAGGAGGUGGAGGAGCAGCGCCAGGUGGUGGCGCAGUGGAAGCGCAAGGCGCAGAAGAUGACGAACGAGAUGAACGAUCUGCGCAUGCUGUACGAGGAGCAGAACAGCCGGAACAAUCUGCUCGAGAAGCGGCAGCGCAAGUUCGACGCCGAAUGCCAAACGUUGCAGGACAGUGCGCGGCAGGAGCGGCAGGCAAAGGAGCGGAUGGCCCGGGAGAAGGACGUGCUGAUGGCGGAAAAGUGCAAGCUCGAGCAGACGGUGUCGGACAUUCGGCUCGAGCUGGAGCUGAAGGAGGAGAAGGUGACGGCACUGCAGCAGGAGCUGGACGAGAUGGCGUUCGGCGGCGGUACGGAGGAGGAAAUAGCGCAGCUGAAGCGGCAGAAGAACGAGCUCGACCGGCGGUGCAAGGAGCAGGACGAGGAGCUGGACGAGAUGGCCGGGCAGAUACAGCUGCUCGAGCAGGCCAAGCUGCGGCUGGAGAUGUCGCUCGAGACGAGCCGGAAGGAGGCCCGCAAGGAGGCGCAGCAGCGGGACGACGAGAUGGAGGAGAUACGGGGCGCGUCGUACAAGAAGAUCAAAUCGCUCGAAUGCCAGCUGGAGCAGGAGCACGAGGAGCGCACGCAGCUGCUGCGCGACAAGCACGAGCUGGAGCGCAAGCUGGCCAGCCUGGAGGAUCAGGACCGGGCGGAGCGGGCGGCCGAGGAAGCGAUGGUGCAGCGGUUGAAGCGGGACGCGCGGAAGUAUCGGGCGCUGCUGCGCGACGCCCAAAGCCAGCUCGAUCGUGCGAAGGGCGAUUCGGCAAGCAAGGCGCUCGUGCGACAGCUGCGCAACCAGCUGGAGGAUGCGGAAUCGGCCCGCGUCGCUGCGCUGAAGGCGCGCCAGGUGCUCGAGGGUGAGCUGCAGGACGCGCAGCUCCUGUUCGAGGAGACGCAGCGCGCUCGCAACGAGGCGGAGGAUCGGGCGACGGUGGCGCAGCGCGACCGGGCCGAACUGCAGGCCCAGAUCGACGAGAACGAGGAGGAGAUGGCGGAGCUGAUGAAGAAGUACAGUGCCACGGUGAAGCAGCUGUCGAGCGAGCAGUCGCUGAUCGCGGAGUACGAGCUGCGCGUGUCCGAGCUGGAGGGCGAGAAGAAGUCGCUGAAGGAGCAGGUGGUCGAGCUGGCGACGCGGCUCGAGAGCGUGGAAACGAUCGGCGAACCGUCCAACAGUAUGGCGUUCAAGCGGCUGGAGCUGCGCACCAAAGAGCUCGAAUCGCGGCUCGAGUUCGAGCAGGCGACGCGGGCCCGCAUCGAGAUCCAGCUCGCCCGGCACAAGGAUUCGCUCGAGAAGCUGCAGGGCGAGCUGAGCCAGGCGCGGAAUCGGGAGGCGCAAGCGCAGGAUGCGCUCAAGAAGGGACAGAAAACGGUACGCGAGCUGCGGGACGAGCUGUCGACGUUGGCGAACCGCGACCAGGAGGGAUUGCUGAAGCGCAAGGAGCUGGAGAAGCGCAUCGAGACGGCCGAAUCGGAGACGGCCUCGGCGAGGGCGGAUCUGCGGCUAGCGCUGCAGCGGAUAGCCGACCUGCAGCAGGCGAUGGAAGAGGAGGGUGAUUCUUACCAAUCCGAUAGCGAUACGAGCGAUAGUUCGUCGUCGAUGGAUUCAUUCCACGAAUCGACUGUAACGCGCAAAUCACCGAGCGUCGGAAGCGGCGACCAUUUCGGCACAACGAACGGUGGCAGCAGCCGGGGCAGCGUCGGCAGUCUGGCCAGCAGUACGCGGGAUGGGCGCAAGGAAAGCAACAAUCCCAGAAUCACACUUACAAUGGCUACUGGUUCCGAUAGCAGUCCAUCGGCGGCGGCAGCAGCAACAGCACCAGCACCAUCAUCCGGCACGAGAUUAAGCAAUGGCAAUGGCGAAGGCGGUGGCACACUGGACGAUUCGUCAUUCGCUUGAACGGCUUGCCCCACCGGCCAACUACUACCAACCAAACAUGCAAAAUGCGCUUCCGUUUUCCCCAAACUCCUACGCAGUGCAGCACACACACACACACACAUACUCCUUUUGCCAUAUUAUUAUGAAGAGAAAUACCCUACGAAAUGGGAAGAAAAACCACCCUACAUAUAUAUUCGAGCAGCAAUUUUCUCCCCUUUUCUCCGGCUUCGGCUUCUUUCGCUUUUUAUCUUAACUUUUAUAUCGAACACAAACCAAAUGGAUUACUCACCCUACUCGUGGGAAUAGAGGCCGGUACACGGCGUUGGUUACUCGCUUGCCCCGGGGGAGGGGGGGCAUUAGAAUGUUGAAUCCGAUCGAGCAAUAAUCGAGAUCAAAGCGGGUAUACACCUACAGUCAGAAAAGUAACUAGCGAAGCAAGCAAGCAAGAAAAGUAAGGAACUCACACAAACAAAACAAACGAACAAAAAUUGUCUAUAUUCGCGCGUAUACAUAUUUAUAUAUAAACGUAUAUUAUAGUGUGCUUAUAUGAGCUGUAUGAGGUAUAUGAGAAAAAGCAAUCGAAUAAUCCUUAAUGUGAGGAUCUGGAUCGUGUUCCAAGCCCUUGAAAGAAGAGGAUAAGCAUGUGUGUCUCUGCAUAUUAUGACUGCACAGACACAGACACACACACACUCUAACCCUUAUCGAGUGUGUGUGUGUGUGUAAAAGAGCUGUUUUGAGGUUUUUUAUUACCACAUUUCUUCCUUCACAAGCAUAUCGUGUAUCGUGUUUAAGUAGAGACGUUUUCCCUUCUUUUUUUCCUUUCGAACGUCGCGUUUUGUUUAGAAGAAAUAUGUAUAUGUAUUUAUGUUUCGUUCUUCUCUUCCCUUCUUCAACGGCUAAUCUUGUGUACCGGUGUUCCGUGUUUGAAGGAUGUUAGUAUUAGGCACACUGCAGUGGACUUGAUUAUAUGAGAGUAGAAGAAUGAUUAAAAAUCGAAUCUAGGGCAAGCGAAGCGAACAAAUUUUUAAAACGAACUGUGCGUAAUACUGUGCUAUGAAAACAAAACAAGGAGAGGGAGAGAGAGAGAGAGGACGAGGACAAAACCUAAGACUCUCUGCUUGCAAUCGAUGUUGUGGAACACCACUCACUACUCUGUUGUCUAUUUGCUACUUAAAUUAGGAUAACUGUAGCUUUUAUUUGGAGAAAAAAUCAGUUCAGUGUUUUUGAUGUAUCUUCUGUGGUCGAAGGUUGAAGGUCAGUAUCUUCCACGCCACCGACGAGGACAAAGGACGCAGAGAGAAAAUGCAUUGGAAUUGCGGAUCAGCACAGACACACCGCACCAAGCAAAGGAAGGGGACGUUUUUUUUUCGAAGUUGUAUCGUUAGUAAGAUGUAAAGCGAAAGUGGAAAAGUAAAGCCUAUAAUAAUGAUAGAGAACACACAAAUGAGGAAGUGUUCGCGGCAGUAAAAAGUAAAAUAAAACUAUCUUUGAUACCAUUAUAUCGCGAUGAUAAUAAACACCGACGAGUAAGUACGCGUAAUAUCCCCCCCUUCACAUACCUUGUCUCUCUCUCUGUCUCUUCUUUAGCCCAAACGUAGUCAAACAAAAAGGCAAUUUUUAUCAUUAUUUUUAUUGCAAUUUAUUAUUAUUUAUCGAAUUGUUAUAAUAAAAAUAUUCCAAAAUCA